AUGGCGUACUUCUGGCGCAGUUUGUUGCUCCAACUUGUGCUGCUCUCCUUCCUGGGGGUCGCUGCUGUCCCCCAAGCUGCGCCGCCCCGCCUCAGCUGGGUUUUCCGUCACAUCGCCUUCGCCGACGGCUUCGUCGACGUCUACGGCGGGGAGAACGUCCAGAAGCUGAGGAACGGAAUGCUGGUUAAUAUCUCCCUCACUAGGAGCUCAGGUAGUAGACUGUGACAGCUCUCUCUCUCACACACACACGCUCUGCCACUCAAUUUAACAAGUUGUCUCGAUGCAUGACUUCGGAUGCGUUCUACUUCACAUGCAGGAUCGGGCUUCAAAUCCCGUGCCGAUUAUUACUAUGGCUUCUUCAGUGCUGGCAUCAAGCUGCCUGUGAAUUACUCUGCCGGAGUUGUUGUUGCUUUCUAUGUAAAUUCCCGCUCUCUAUCUCUAUCUCUCUCUCUCUCUCUCUUUCUUUAUAUAUAUAUAUAUAUAUAUAUAUACAUAUAUUAAUUUAGCUUUAUCUCUCCUAUACAUAGAUACGUUAUACGUCUCUCUCUCAUAUGUAUAUAUCCCCCUAUGUUUAUCUUAUAUAUAUAUGCCUAUAUGUGUAUGCAUGAUUGCUUACUUUAACGUCCCAUGUUCUUAAUAAACUUACUUUAUGCUUAUUCUUUGAAUUACAAAGUUGUCGAAUGCCGAGGUCUUCUCCCGCAACCACGACGAAAUAGACUUCGAGUUUCUUGGACAUAUAGAGGGGGACGAGUGGGUUCUACAGACCAACUUGUACGGCAACGGCAGUGUGGGCACAGGUAGGGAGGAGAGGUUCCAUUUCUGGUUUGACCCGGCAGCUACAUUCCACGAGUACAGCAUCAUCUGGAACCACCGUCACAUCGUGUAAGACAAUCGGGUUUCAAACUUGGCAUCUUUUUAUGUGAUCCAUUCAACCUCGUUUGAUUUUAACAAAGCAAAUGAAAUGAAGACAAAGACUACCAUUUUUAGAACAGUCUUAGGUAACUAGCAAACAAUAUUACAACUGAUUUUGAACUUUUAUUCUUUAAGUUAACAAAAUAGAUUUUCACAUAAUCUAAAUUUAUCUUGAAUUAGUUUUAAUUACAAAGUUGUAAGUGUAUGUGUGAUGAUUUAAUAAUUUAGCCAAAUAGAUUUUCACAUAAUCUAAAUUUAUCUUGAAUUAUUUGUAAUUACAAAGCUGCAAGUGUAUGAGUGAUGAUUUAAUAAUUUAGCUAAUAAUGAAUAAUUUCAUAGAAUUUAGAAGAACGUUUGUUACCAUGGUUUUAAUAUCUUAUGUUUACAAUUGAUUUGUUUUUUUUUAUGUUUUUCAUUAUAUUUAAAGAAGUGUCUCCUAUAACUUUUCAAUUGGAUCCUCAACUUAAUUGCCUAUAAAAGCUUGAUAGUAGCUUUCUUUAAUUUUAUUUUAAUACUAUAUCAUAUUGUUAAAAAAUGUAUGUGAAGAUCUUGUCAAGUCAUUUUCUAAAGUGAACAAAGCUUACUACUUCAUAAAUCAAAUGUGAGCAGUUAUAUUCAUUUGUUUCAAAUGGUAUUGCUCGAUUUUACCACUCCAAUACAAUGUUAGCGAAAAUAAAUAAGCAAACUAUUAAUUGAUUGAUUUAGGUACAUUGUUCAAUUCUUCCUCGUACAUAUGACUACAAUACCUUGCUAAUUAAUUGAAUCUUCUUGCACAAAUGUCAUGUAUUGUUUCAAGUUAUAUGACUCAAUUCCUUGGCAUACAUGUAUAUGACUCAAUCUUCUUUUUUAAUGAAUUCAAUGUUCCCCACACGAACAUAAUUUAUUUAUUUGACUUAUAUGGCUCGAUUUUUUGCUAUAAAUAUUAGUGUCCUAAAUAAAGCAUUAGGAAAUGAAACUAUGGUUGGAUCUUAUGUUUAAACCUGCCACUAAGAAAUUAAACAGGUGCACAAAUAAUAAUGAAAAUUUAAUGCAAUGGACCAUGGAAGCUGAACCUUAUGAAUCCCCCUUGAAUUCUCCAUCAACCUCCCAGGUACGGAGUGGUGCAACCAUUAAGAGAGAUGAAAUCCUCCAUGAGUUGCACCUCACCCACCGUGGGGGAGCCUUACCUACAUAGGUAGACAGACGGUCUGCCUUCGUACGUUGGCCCAAGUUCACGCACGUGUGCCUGCCCAUGCAGGUUCCUGGUGGACGAUGUCCCCGUGCGGGAGGUGAACCACAGCGCCGCCAUGGCAGGGGCCUUCCCGGGGAAGCCGAUGUCGCUCUACGCCACUAUAUGGGACGGCUCGGCGUGGGCAACGCGCGGCGGAACGAGGCCCGUCGACUACGCCUACGCGCCGUUCGUGGCGUCAUUCGCGGCGCUAGAGAUGGAGGGCUGCGCGUGGAACCGGACGGCGCCGGGGCCGGGAGAGCCGCCGUGCCCUGGCGGCGUUCCGGUGCAGCGCCUCGGGCUCCGCCCUGUCGAUGGGCGGGACUUUGUGGAGCUGUCGCCGCCGCAACGGGCGGCGAUGGAGCGGGCAAGGGGAAGGUUCAUGUUCUAUUCCUACUGCAGAGACGGCGCUAGGUACUCCGUGAUGCCGCCGGAGUGCGGGGAAGGAAAGCGGCGGCUAUCUUCCCGGCAUAAUAAAUAG